CAACUUCGCCACCACCACCAUCAUGGGAGACGACAAGAAGACGUUCAAGGGGUACGACGACGCGCAGCUCACCAACACGCCGUCGUCGAGCGAGGCGCCCCCGCCAGUCUACCUUGCGCAGGGGUACAACGUCCCGCCGAUUGACAAGAAGAGCGGCGGCUCGAGCCAGAAACAGCAGCCCGCCGCGCCGCCCGUCGACCCGACCACGCUCCUGCCCCCGACGUUCCGCGUAGGCAGGUCAUACAUCAAGCCGCUCGUCACGGUCCCAGAGCUCGUCAACCACCUCAAGUUCCUCGCAUGCCUGCACCGGCUGCAGGAGGACGUGCGCGAGUGCCCCACGCCAUGGGACCAGGACUUCUCGCGCGAAGGGCCCGCCGACGCGCAAGUCCCAGACGAGGUCAAGUGGUCUGCGUUCUGCCUGCGCGCCGCGCACCGCUUCCAGGCUUGGGCAGAGAGCGACGCCGUGUCACGCGUGCGCGACAAGCAGGCCGCACUGCCGGGGCGCAGCGCACCGUCACGCGAGGACAUGAUCGCCGUGCUCGCCGAGGCCGACAUUGACAUCUUGAUGGCAUGGCACACGUACCUCCUCAACCCGCGCAACUACCACGACGACAUGGAGCUCCAGGGCAGCUACUACCGCAGCACCUGGGGCCCGUUCGGCGGGCUCAAGUACCUCGGCGCGUUCCCGCUCGACAUCAUCUGUGAGCGGAUCGACCCCAACACGUACGUGUUCCAGCCGUUCGAGCGCACAUCCGUCUCUUCGGCACCCGACUCCUCGGCGCCCCCGCCCGCACUCGACGCGCACGCCCGCACGCUCGUCGCGCUCAGCCGCACGCAGUCGUGCGUCGCGGUCAACUGCCCCCAGUGCUACACUGCGAUCGAUCUGCCCGUGAUCGGGCUGCCUGGUGCCGGCGGCGGCCUCGCGCUGCCCGUCAUGUCGUUCAGGUGCUCGACCUGUCAGCUGCUCAUCACGCACCAGGUGCUCCGCGUCGGCCGGUUCCUGCGGGACUUGCUACGCGUGCGCGUAGGCACCAUGCCCCACUUUGCCGGCCUGGGCGACAACGCGCACUCGAACAUCAAGAGCGCGUACGGUAUACCCAUGUCCCAGGCACUCGCCGCCACGGCCAUCACCAAGGUCUUCGGCGGCGGGUACAUUGAGUCGGCGGUCAGCGUCGGCGACUUGGGCAACAAGCUGGAGUGGUCGCAGGACAAGGUUCGGGAGAAGAUCUUCGAGCAGACGGUCAAGGACGGCGGCUUCAUCCCCAUCGUCGAGAGCAGCCUGGAAGGCAAGACCGGCAGGACGACGCGCCGCGUCCAGAUCAACGUCAGCCGCCAAACCAUGUCCGGCGCCAUUAUGCGCCUGAACCGCGUCUACAGCGUCGGCACCGGCCUGGACACCAGCAUCGAGCUCGCACCGGCCAUCAUGCGCCAGGCAUCCUUCGUCACCAACAUGCAGAAGAUUGGCUGGCUCGGCAUCCAUCGCUGGACCAAUCCGCAGGAUCCGAGCCGGUUCUACUUUAUCCAGAAGUCGGCAGCUCGGUAUCACGCAUUCCUCGACCUGAUGAACGCUUACCCAAGGAAGUUCAUCUCCCCGACUCUGGACAUUGACCUGGCAUGGCACACACACCAGCUCCACGCCGCCGGCUACGUUCGUGACACGAUCAACCAUGUCGGCCACCUAGUCAACCACGACGACGCGGUGGCCGAUGUUGCCCUGCGCAACGCUUACGACGAGACGGCGACCCUCUGGGCCGAGCGCUUCCACACGACGUACUCUGGCUGCGGGUGCCCCGUGCCCAACAAGGCGCAGAAGGUGGUCGACAAGGCGCGGCGCCGCGAGUCCAACGAUGGCCCGUCGUUUGCCUUCUGGCGCCGGAGGUCGAGCUCCAAGACGGUGGCGGGCACACGGCCGGACGUGGCGGCCAUGAGCGCGCAGAGCGCAACGUUCGAGGACCGUGCCGCCGAGUGCCCGUCGACCCACAACCGCGUGCACGUCACAGGCGUGCGCAAGCUCGAGGCCAUGCACGAGAACCAGAUGGCCAGGCGCCAUCGUCAGUCGGGCCACAUCGGGCACGAGGACCCCUUCACCCAGAACUACGUGUUCGUGCCCCAGGUCCACGACCCCAACUCGCGCAAGCGCAAGGCCGAGGCCGCCGGCCCGACAGUGUACGACCCAUACUGGGGCGUCACGCCGUACAUGUACGGUGGUGUGUGGGGCCUCGGUGCGCCAUGGGCUCUGGCGGCAGGCGUCGGCAUCGCGGGCGGCAUGGCGAUCGGCGCAGGCGUCGGCAUGGUUGCUGCGGCUUGCGUCAACGGCAUCAACGAUGGCGAGGCCCAGUCGCGGUGCUCGUCUGGCGGCGGAGGCUCUGGUGCCGCUUGCGGCGGCUUCAGCGGUGACGGGGGCUCUGCCGGUGCCAUGUGUGGCGCUGGCGUCAGCGCGUGCGGCAACGGAGGCGCUGGAUGUGGUGGUGGAGGAGGAGGGUGCGGCGGCGGUUGCGGGGGCGGCGGCGGAGGCUGUGGUGGUUCAUAAGAAGACGGGGCCCCAGGCAUCGGGAACUGCUUGGAAGGCUGUCAGAGAGUGCAGGAAAGGCGAGAAAGGAGUUGGAGGAGGUCGGUGAGAUGGGAGAGGGACCGUUGAUCACAGUCACCCUUAGUGGUGGUGUCGAUCCUACCUUAGUGGUGGCACCCUUAGUCAAUGUGUUAAUCGUUGUAUUUCUGCCCUGAUGAUGAUGCUCAGUGAUGGC